CCCACACACAUCCCGUUCAGUCACACAGUCAGUCACACACACACAACGGGACAAUCGAGAAGACGGAGGUCCGCUACAGCUAACCGUUAACUCCACAUUUUACACCAAAAAAAGCGUAACCAUGGGGAAGGGAUGUAUCACAGCAACCAAGUACUUCCUGUUCCUCUUCAACCUCAUCUUCUUUAUCUUUGGAGUGUUGAUCAUGAGCUUUGGACUGUGGGUCCUUCUGGAUAACCAGAGCUUCAUCACUGUUCUACAGGAGUCCUCCACCACUCUGCAAGUGGCCUCCUAUAUUCUGAUCGCUGUGGGUUCUCUCUCCAUGGUUAUGGGCUUCCUGGGCUGUAUAGGAGCCAUCUACGAGAUACGCUGCCUGCUGGGCCUGUACUUCACCUGCCUCCUGCUCAUCCUCAUCGCCCAGGUUACGGCUGGCGUACUCAUCUACUUCCAGAGAGACAGGCUGCAGCAGGAGAUGUCCACCAUCGUCAAGGGGCUGCUGGUCAACUACACUGGUCAGAACAGGACCACAGAACAUUCCUGGGACUAUGUACAGAAGACGAUGAAGUGUUGUGGUUGGGUGGCUCCAGAUAACUGGUUGGAGAAUGUGUUGAUCAAGAACAGUUCUGCCUGGCUGUAUCCCUGCUCCUGUCGUAAUGAAACCCUGCCUGGUACAGACAUGAAUGAGACCGGGCUCUGUGAACACUUGUCUGCUGACCUGCCAGUAUACCAAACGGGCUGCAUGCAUAGUGUGGAGGGCUGGCUGUUGGAGAACUGUGGAGUUAUUCUUGGAAUCUGUGUCGGGGUGGCAGUCCUAGAGCUCCUCGGUAUGAUUCUGUCCAUGUGUCUCUGUAAGAGUGUUGUCCAGGAGGAUUACACCAAAGUUCCCAAGUACUGAAGACCGGCAAAAGUCACACACACACACACACACACAUGCAUAGCAUAGACACACUCUCACAGUGAAACACAGAAACAACCAUCUGUCUGAAACCAUUCACCCUCUCCUAGCCUGGUAACUGACCCUGUCUGAAACCAUUCACCCUCCUAGCCUGGUAACUGACCCGGUCUGUCACCCUGUCUGAAUCCAUUCACCCUCCUAGCCUGGUAACUGACCCGGUCUGUCACCCUGUCUGAAUCCAUUCACCCUCCUAGCCUGGUAACUGACCCUGUCUGAAUCCAUUCACCCUCCUAGCCUGGUAACUGACCCGGUCUGUCACCCUGUCUGAAUCCAUUCACCCUCCUAGCCUGGUAACUGACCCGGUCUGUCACCCGGUCUGAAUCCAUUCACCCUCCUAGCCUGGUAACUGACCCGGUCUGUCACCCUGUCUGAGUCCAUUCACCCUCUCCUAGCCUGGUAACUGACCCGGACUGUCAAGCACAACAAAUGGACCUUCAGCCUGAAUAGCAGUCUGUUUGGGCUAUCAGGCCAACGCCUUGUCACUCAUCGUCAGGCCAAACACAACUGGCCAAUGACAGCAGUAGAGUUGGCCAGGAAACAAACAGAUCUGGGACCAGUACUCAUACAUGACAGUGGGUUCACACACACAUCACCUGUUUUUAAGUGACAUGAUGUUUUUUUCACUCAGAUUUAGGUAAUGAUCUGAUGAAGGGUUUUAAGGUUAUGAAUUCAGCUUUUGGUUAUUAUGGAGUCUUUUAAAGCCAUUAUGAUGUGAGGGUUUUAUGGCCUUCUUCAAUAUUCAAACAAACACCUGUAUGUCCUUCUGUUCUAUUUCUGAAGCGCUUAUCGUGGUAUUUAGUUAGUUAGCAAGUUAGUUAGGUAGCUAGUUAGCUAGCUCAGUUUUUGAAAGAGCACUUUUGUGACGUUUUGUGAGCUGUUGAUCAGUGAGACAGAGAGAGAGAGAGACGUGGGCCUGUGCUGAUCUGGGAUCAGGUAUCCCCUUUCCAUUAUGAUCAAUUCAUUAUAAUCUAAAAGGAAAAACUGAUCCAAGAUCAGCACUCCUACAAUGAAUAUGGGCCCUGGGGAGGAGCUAGAGAUGGAGAGAGAGGGGAUGAGCUAGAGAUGGAGACCGAGGGGAGGAGCUAGAGAUGGAGACAGAGGGGAGGAGCUAGAGAUGGAGACAGAGGGGAGGAGCUAGAGAUGGAGUCAGAGGGGAGGAGCUAGAGAUGGAGUCAGAGGGGAGGAGCUAGAGAUGGAGAGAGAGGGGAUGAGCUAGAGAUGGAGACAGAGGGGAGGAGCUAGACAUGGAGAGAGAGGGGAGGAGCUAGACAUGGAGAGAGAGGGGAGGAGCUAGAGAUGGAGACAGUGGGGAGGAGCUAGACAUGGAGAGAGAGGGGAGGAGCUAGAGAUGGAGACAGAGGGGAGGAGCUAGAGAUGGAGACAGGGGGGAGGAGCUAGAGAUGGAGACAGAGGGGAGGAGCUAGAGAUGGAGACAGGGGGGAGGAGCUAGAGAUGGAGACAGAGGGGAGGAGCUAGAGAUGGAGACAGAGGGGAGGAGCUAGAGAUGGAGACAGAGGGGAGGAGCUAGAGAUGGAGACAGAGGGGAGGGGCUAGAGAUGGAGACCGAGGGGAGGAGCUAGAGAUGGAGACAGAGGGGAGGAGCUAGACAUGGAGAGAGAGGGGAGGAGCUAGAGAUGGAGACAGUGGGGAGGAGCUAGACAUGGAGAGAGAGGGGAGGAGCUAGAGAUGGAGAGAGAGGGGAGGAGCUAGAGAUGGAGACAGGGGGGAGGAGCUAGAGAUGGAGACAGAGGGGAGGAGCUAGAGAUGGAGACAGGGGGGAGGAGCUAGAGAUGGAGACAGAGGGGAGGAGCUAGAGAUGGAGACAGAGGGGAGGAGCUAGAGAUGGAGACAGAGGGGAGGAGCUAGAGAUGGAGACAGAGGGGAGGAGCUAGAGAUGGAGACAGGGGGAGGAGCUAGAGAUGGAGACAGAGGGGAGGAGCUAGAGAUGGAGACAGAGGGGAGGAGCUAGAGAUGGAGACAGAGGGGAGGAGCUAGAGAUGGAGACAGAGGGGAGGAGCUAGAGAUGGAGACAGAGGGGAGGCUGAUGAACCAUAGUGUUUGGGGUGGAGAGGCCUUCCCUACCCAGGUCUCAUGGGCUGUCUUUCGUCAGUCUCUCCACUGAGGCUCUGAGAACCACUCACUCCACCUCUCUCUUUCCCUCCCUCACUCCACCUCUCUCUUUCCUUCCCUCACUCCACCUCUCUCUUUCCCUCCCUCACUCCACCUCUCUCUUUCCCUCCCUCACUCCACCUCUCUCUUUCCCUCCCUCACUCCACCUCUCUCUUUCCCUCCCUCACUCCACCUCUCUCUUUCCCUCCCUCACUCCACCUCUCUCUUUCCCUCCCUCACUCCAUCUCUCUCUUUCCCUCCCUCACUCCAUCUCUCUCACAGGUGUGUCUGCUUGGUCUUGACUCGCUACCAAGAUUAAUUAAUAGUUUUGCAUGAAGUAUGUUAUAUACUGUAUGAUGUUAUAUACUGUAUAAUGUUAUAUACUGUAUAAUGUUAUAUACUGUAUAAUGUUAUAUUACUGUAUGGUGUUAUAUACUGUAUAAUGUUAUAUACUGUAUAAUGUUAUAUACUGUAUGGUGUUAUAUACUGUAUAAUGUUAUAUACUGUAUGGUGUUAUAUACUGUAUAAUGUUAUAUACUGUAUAAUGUUAUAUACUGUAUAAUGUUAUAUACUGUAUGGUGUUAUAUACUGUAUGGUGUUAUAUACUGUAUAAUGUUAUAUACUGUAUGGUGUUAUAUACUGUAUAAUGUUAUAUUCUGUAUAAUGUUAUAUACUGUAUAAUGUUUUUGUGUGUUUUACUUUCUUUAAUUAUUUUCCUCCUUUUUUUCAUGUUGUUUAAAAAAUAUAUUGUACAUAUGACUUUAGGCUAAAUAGAUGGCCGUGUGAGUCACUGAGCUUGAUCAGCGUUCUAUACAGGAAAGAAAGCGGUCGAUUUAGCCCAGUUUUUGGUUUUCAGGAUGUUGUUUUAUUGAUUUCCACUCUUAUUGGGUACAUCGCAAAGGGCACCCUAUUCCCUAUAUAGUACACUACUUUUGACCAGGACCCUGUGUAUUCCCUAUGGGGUCCUGGUUAAAAGUAGUGCACUAUAUAGGGAAUAGGGAACCAUUUUAAACCUUAGACAUUGUUUCUUAUUGAUUAUGGUGUAGCUACAGCCUCUGGCCAGCAGGUGUCGCCGCUCUGCUAUCAACAGCACUAUCUGGGGCUGAAUCAUCAGAAGGAUGGGAGCCUGGCCGUCUUUAAAUCGCUAUUAGACCCAGAAUGAUACUGAGACUGUUAGUUCCCUUUAGGUCUCUGGUCUCCAAUCCCACAGCGUCGUCACCAUGACUGUCAGACACUUCCACACAAUUUUACAACAUUUCAAACACAAAUGACUAUCAGGACUGGACUUUAGGGAAGAUUACUGCUGUUGUGGUUCCCCCCCCCCCCCCCC